AAGGUCGAGAUCGUUAACCAUGAGAAACCCUAUAAAAUGGUCGGAAAAUCGACGUAAUGACUGAAUUCGCUGGUGAUGUGAUGUUAGACGAUUGGACUGUGCCUCUUUAGUUAGAAGAUAUAACCUAGUGCAAAACAGUGGUUCCUUGUACGCAGUCAUGCCAUGUGGGUGUUCAGGUCAGUGUGGGCAUUUCAAACGGUCCUCGAAAUUUGGGAUAAUGAACUGAAUAGCUAACAUAAUCAACAACCCAGGUUGAAUAAAGUGCCUUUGGAAUUUAGAUACACUCACAGUGUGGUCAACGACUGGGACCCCUAUCCUGAUUCAUUAGUAACCGCUCAAUCGGUGCUUCCAAUGAAAAAUUGGAUCUUUUCAGAGAUAUAUCGCAAGGAAUAACAUAGGCAACUAUAGCCUUCUAUCUUUAUAAUUGGAAUUAUGCAUUUGAGCAAAUAAGUGAGGCUUCCUCAAUGUUCGGUUCAUAAUACCUGAGUAAGAAAAUGAGUUACGUACGUGCUUCUUUCCCUUGCUAAGUUCUUCGCAGACAUUGUCUUGGCUGGAUGUUUGUCCAGCACUUCUCGGAAUGUACUGUUCUCGUAAUGAAAUGGGAAAUUGUAUGUUAAUUUCACCCCGUCUCACAUGUACUAAAACUGCAGAUAUAGAAACAUUCCUUUCCUAAAUAAGGUAUUUGCUGCGCUUAAGUAUUCGCGCGGGACAAGUUUUAUGGGACUGUCAAAUGUGUGAGUUCAAAAUAAAGUCCGCCUGACUUGCUAAGGUCUCUAAUUAUUGAAAAUAAAACUGCUCUCCUUGUGACUGGCAGUUUUUAAAUUACCUCAAGCUAUAGAAAGUAUGCAAAACCAUACGUAAAGUCAUGAAAUGUGACCACUCUUUUUCAGCAUUUUAAUAGACUAAUAUAAAACCGCCUUUUUUCCACGUUAAAUCAGCGUUCUCCUUCGUCAGCUGUUCAUCUGAAUGACACGUUAGAAGCAUCGUUAAAUAAGUUGACAUGUUCUCCUUUAAAUCCUUACUAAGAGCUAUUAAAAUUCAUGAGAUCUUCUACGGAAAGUGCUUGCUCGCGGACAUCGGAAAUAAUAAGCAAACGUUUUAAGUACCAAAAAAUAAAUUGUCAAAAUCACGAUUCCAUUUGGCUAGGGUGAAGCAGGACUAAACUGAAGUUUGUGUGUUUUGGAGCAGUAUUGUGAAGUGCAAAAGUAUUAUAGUUGUAUAGACAUCCUUAGUUUUGAUUAUGCUCGUAAACAAUUCCAAGAGUAGGUAGAGAGUUGAUAAGGCUUUUCAAUUUACAGCUGAUCAUAUCAGGGUGUAAAUAAGUGAAUAAUCUGCCAUGACAUUCAACACUUUGCAGAAAAUAGGCAUUUAGCUGAAAAUGCCUUACAAUUUAAAGUGAAAUGUAAAAGAAUGAGUAGUAAUAUAACUCUCAACCUAACUCGAUAUACUUGUGUGGCAGUUAACUGAAACAUGUUUCGCCUUCUGUUUCUGCGUUUUUAUGGUAUCAUCACUCUGCGGUUGUGAUUGAAUCCACACGAGACUGUUGUAUUUCACUUGAUGUUUAAAAGUGCAGGGUUAAAAUUGGGAAACGUUUAUAUAUGUAAGGAUGAAUUUGUUCGGGUUGAGCGGUAUUUGGCUGUUAGCGUUGCUAUUCAUCUGGUGUGGACUAUACAACAGUUGAGCUGAAGAUUACUCUCUGAUUACUAAGUCAGACCUUUCCCAGUGGUCAGGCUUUUACAUUUUCCUACUCGCGGAGUCUCAAAUGUCUGUUAACUGCACUAAAGUCAUGCAUAUUUUUCCUUUUCACCACAAAGCCUAACUUUUUAUUGAACGUUUCUUUACUUUUCAGCUGUCAUUACAACCAAUUAACAUUCUGAGCUCAGGCGCAGAUGAGGAGAGAGCAGAAACUGCUCGAAUGUCUUCAUUCAUUGGAGCCAUUGCAAUUGGCGACCUCGUAAAAACCACACUUGGCCCUAAGGGCAUGGACAAAAUUCUCCUGUCAUCCGAUGAUAAUGUCGAAGUUACAAAUGACGGUGCUACCAUACUAAAGUCAAUUGGUGUGGAUAAUCCUGCAGCUAAAAUCCUUGUUGAAAUGAGUAAAGUUCAGGAUGACCAGGUUGGUGAUGGUACAACUUCAGUCACUGUCCUGGCUGCAGAACUACUGCGUGAGGGUGAACAGCUGAUUGCUGCUAAGCUUCAUCCCCAGACUAUUGUUCAGGGUUGGCGGGAGGCUUCAAAGUUGGCUGCAGCAGCUCUUGAUUCAGCUGCAUGCUUAUCAAAUCAGUCAGAUGCUCACUUUCGUGAACGUUUGAUGUGCAUUGCACGUACAACACUAAGCUCCAAGCUUCUGACUCAACACAAAGAACAUUUUGCAAAUUUAGCUGUGGACGCUGUUCUUCGACUGAAAGGGAGUGGAAAUCUAGAUGCAAUACAAAUAAUUCAAAAACUGGGUGGUACUAUGACAGAUUCGUAUUUGGAUGAAGGAUUUCUUCUGGACAAACGUCCCGGUGUUAAUCAACCUAAGCGUAUUGAAAAAGCGAAAAUUCUGAUUGCUAAUACACCUAUGGAUGCAGAUAAAAUCAAAGUAUUCGGUAGCAAGAUCCAAGUAGAUGCUGUUUCAAAGGUUGCUGAGUUGGAGCUAGCUGAAAAACAAAAAAUGAAAGACAAAGUUGAUAAAAUCCUGAAGCACAACUGUUCGGUAUUUAUCAACAGACAAUUAAUAUAUAAUUAUCCGGAGCAAUUGUUUGCUGAUGCUGGCAUUAUGGCUAUUGAACAUGCAGAUUUCGAAGGUGUAGAAAGAUUGGCUCUUGUUACCGGUGGCGAAAUCGUAUCAACGUUUGACUCUCCUGAAACCACGAAGUUAGGACACUGUGAACUGAUAGAAGAGGUAACUAUUGGGGAAGAUAAAUUGCUGCGAUUCAGUGGUGUCGCUUUAGGUGAAGCUUGCACAAUAGUUUUGCGAGGAGCAACAAAAAGUAUUUUGGCUGAAGCAGAGCGUUCUCUACAUGACGCUUUGUGUGUAUUGGCGCUGACUGUUAAAAAUCCUCGAACAGUGUGUGGUGGUGGAGCUAUGGAAAUGUUGAUGGCGGAGGCAGUAGCCCAGGGUGCUGCUAAGACUCCAGGGAAAAUAUCUUUAGCUAUGGAGGCCUUUGCACGAGCUCUGAGGCGUUUACCUACUAUUAUAGCUGAUAAUGGAGGUUACGAUAGUGCUGACUUAAUUUCUCAGUUGCGAGCUGCUCACGCAAAUGGAAAAAAUAGCAUGGGUUUGGAUAUGAACAAUGGAACUAUUGCUGAUAUGAAUAAACUUGGGAUAAUUGAAUCAUACGAUGUCAAACAUCAUUUGUUGACAUCAGCUUCGGAAGCUGCGGAGAUGAUCAUUCGCGUCGAUAAUAUUAUUAAAGCUGCUCCUCGUCGUCGAACCCCGAGACGAUGCUGA